GACGCUCAGUGCCGUUAAAAAUGUUUUAGGGUGAGCAACGUGUCUCUGACAGUAGGUCAAUAAAUAACAUUAGGAAAUUCGUUUAAAUUACGACUGAUUUGAGAAGAAUCCAAACGUAACUCGAUAUAUUUUUCACAUUGUUAUGUGAUAUAUUGUUGUAGUAAUAAGCAAAAUGGGGACCGAUUAUCUAUAGGUAUUCAAAAUAACAUAUGAAGUGCCUGUUACCUACCUCAACAUUUUGAGAUAAACGUUCACAGCGAAAUAUGUUUGACGUUCAGACCAACGGCCUAUAAUACGUUUAAUAGCAGCGUUGCCGUUGUGCACAUUCGAUUUGUGACGAAGACUGAGAUCGUAUGUUCUUUUUUGCCUCUUGGCAUCAUAGUUUGCUCGCAAAUGGCAUUGGCAGAGAAAAAUUACACAGUCGAUAAGGAAGAGCAAGACGAAACCUACUAACCCAAGAUAGGGUGUGGACAUGGCAAGACGGUGUUUUCAACGGCUAACACACUCGCAAUAGCGUGUAAAAAUUUCAUGGUUGUUUGAGAAUUGAUACGUUUUUUCUAUUCCAUAUGUACACCAAACACAUUGUCAACAAUGCUAACGUUUUACAAUUUUUAUCGCCAACUGAAGAAUGAUUUAACCGUAAAAUGGUUGAAAAUGUCAACCGCACAGAAUUUAUAUAUGGCGGGACGCCGUAUACAGACGACGGCACUCAUUGGGUGGACAAGCCAAAGUCUAACCAAGUGUUCGCCGUUGAGGAAAUCGAUGACUCAUCCACUAUGCCCUCGGAUAUGAUACCCACGGGAACGGGAGGUCCAAUUGUUAUUCGUACAGAAGAAGCAUUUAUUGUCAUAUGCGUUAUGAUACUGUGGGUAGCAGCAAUUGCAUUAUUUUUUAAUCGAUGGGGAAAAAUUCGAAUGUUGGAACCAUAUCAACCAAAAUUCCACGAAGAAGAACAUAGACCUAGUUGUCCAAUGGUUGAGCUAGCUAGCACUACUGGCAUCGGUCAUAGUAUAACUGGCGGGCAUCGAACUUCUUUUUCGAAAUUCAAUGUGAAUAGUUGUCUUGAACCGUCUGCAAUAUUCCAAACCAUUCAGCCUACCCAUAGAGCGCUACAGAUUCGUCCCAGGCAAAAUUCCAUGUUUGCCGGGGGAGGAGCCCUUCCAGGUUCUUGCGGUCCUCCAAUAAGUCAUUGCACGCUAAUGUCAGACCGGCCGAGAAAGGCCAAAUCAGCGGCCGACAUCAAGUCACUGAUACAACACGAAUGCUCGCCGGCCCGGACAAGCCGAUCAAUGCUGCCAAUGACAAUAUCGACGGAAAGACGUGUAUCGUGUGCACCGUCCGGUUCUCUGAUGGUCUCGGCCGUCAAAGAGCGCCGUUCGUGUAGUCUUUUCCCGUCAGCGUCCGACAAACGCUUUUUACCACCUCCACUGGCGUCGUCGUCAAUUCAAAGUCAACCGACACAGUGUGUGUGUGAAGGGCCAAUCGGCACAUCGUCAGCGUGGGCCCAAGCCAAACGUGAUUUUCUUUUGAUGCCGUCGACGUCUCUCGGCGGAAGCCGUCGGACGUCCGGCGGAAUGGACCACCUCUGUCCGGCUUCUAUAACGCUAAAAGACAGGCGGCCGUCAUUCAACAACGUCAUAGCACAGGUAACGGCUGAACGGAGGCCGUCGUCCAGCAUGCUUAGGAUCAGCAACGUUUAGAAUAGCCUCUCUGUAUUUUUAUUAUCCUUUACUUUUAACUUUUACGUUUUAAUAUCAUUUAUUUGUUUGGUUUUACAUUUUUCAAAUGAUGAAAAUUCACUUUAUUCUCAUCAUAUUGAUUAAUCCUGAGCAAGUUACACACAAGUGUAAAUAUUUAUGACAGCUGUUGCUGAGAUUGAUUUCAAAAUGCAGUCACACAAUAAACAACUAAACAAGCAUUCAUUUUACACGUAUACCGAACAAAUAUUUGAGUUAACUAAUAUAUAAAUGUAAUUUUUACAUUUAAGUUAGGUCGUAAUUUUUAUAUUUCUUUGUAUUAGUAAACAUUAAGCACCCUCUCUUAUUUCUAACUAUAGUUUAAAAAAGAAAUUAUUUCAAAAAGUGUCAUUACUAGGUUUAAAAAUAGUUCUAAAAAAGAACGAAAAUUCGAGUGCCUUAAGCAAUUUUGCCUAGAAUAGCCACACAAUGUAUCAAAAAAUGUAUGUGUGCUAGUGUCAUAUUUCUUUCACUCUCAAGUGUUGGUAUGGUAUUUUUUGUCGUUAUUCUAAAUUGAUUGUGUGUAGUUAAACUGAGCAACUUGAAUAAAUAUAGAACUAUUAUUUUUUAAAGUCUCAGGUCAACAUUUUUGGCGUUAAUAUUUUGUUUAAAAACUUAUCAAAUACAUUAAAGAAAUAUAGAAUAUAUAAAAUAAGAAAUAUAAAAUAAGUGUGACAUUUAUUUAAGUUUUAAAAGUUGUUUUAUUAAAUCAUAACACGACCAAUAUUAUACGUAUUGAUCUUUUUAUUGACUCAAAAGACGCACAAGUACCCUAGAGAAGCAGCAUUAAGAAUCACACUUUAAAGUCAAGUACUCAAUAAAGGCACAGUUUUAAAUUUCAAGAGAAUCGCGGGGAUUAAGCAGAGAGAGAGAUAUGAUUUUUAAGUACUGUUGACUUUAACCUUUCAAGUCGGUAACCACGCGGUUAUAGUUAUUUUUCUCUUUGCUUAAUGAUCCUGGUAAAUUUUACUUACAUAAUAGCUACUAUUUGACUUCACUCGUUCAAAUAGUACAUUUUACAUUAUGUGCAGGCAUUAUGUACAUGUGAUUCACGUACAUUAAAGUGUAAUGUACAUGAAUCAUAAACUUUCAAUAUUUUCAUAGCGUUCAACUCCACUCGCAUAAAGACCUCGACAAUACCUUCACAUUUCAACUGUUGGGUAAACAAAAAAAAAAACAUAAUUUUCGUACCUUUUUUAUAAGUUUUAUAUUAUUUUGAGAAUUUAAUAGUCUAUUUCAUAUUUCACCUUUAUCUAUACAUUACCAACGAACUUCCUUAUACAGCUGCAAUGUUUGCAUAGUGCCUUACAAACAAACUAAAAAAAAUCUAAUUAAUAAUAUCACGAUAUUUAUAGUAGUUCACUUUAUAGCACGUGAUUUUUUAAGAAUACUACCCUCUUUUUUCAUUAAGUAAUGAUUUUUUAAUAAAUACUUAUUUAUUUAUUAUUAUUAACAUUACGGGAAAUAGCCCAAAAAAUACAAUAUGUAUUUGACAUAUUGUACAAAUUUAAAUUAAAUUUAUUUUUAUCAAUUCAGAAAAGUUUAUUGCAAGAAAAAAAUAUUGAAAAGACAUUUUAAGUGUAAUUUACAAAAGUUAAAUGAAAACCUUUUAUUAUUAAAUGAAGAGCGAUUUAAAUACAUUUUUAACUGGUCUAUAGCCCGUUUUGUCAUAUUAAUUUUUGAGACAUUAGCAUUUAAACGUUUAGAAAAGGCUAGAGAGAGUGUACAAAGGGUCAUAUAUUAAAAAAAUUAACAAAAUCAUUUACAGAUUACAUUAAUUUAUACACUUGUAAUUUGUAACUAUAGAAAAUUUAUAUUAAUUUAAUUAUGUCGAAUUCAAUUUAAAUGUAAAUAUAUAUAUUUUUUUCAUUUUCUGAUGAAUUAAUUUUCUGAUUAUCUUUUCAAUCUCCACUUAACGAAAUUGUUUUGAUCGCAUUUACAUUGAAAUGAGGUUUUGCUGUAAUGAAAGCUGAUUAUAGAUCAGUUAAAAAUUUACCUAGCCCGUUCUCUACAUAAUAGUAAAAAAAAAUAUUAGAAUUCUAUUUAGCUUUUGAAAGUUAUCCACAAUCUACCCUUGAAAAUGAUUUUUAUUAUAAUUAACUUAAUAUUUAAUAUGGUUCACAAAAAUAAUACAAAUUAUAAUAUGUUCAUUUUAUUAAUAUUAUUAAUAUUUUACUAUCCCAUUUUAAAAAUUUUGGGCGGUGUUCUUAAUUAAUCAAUCUGUAUAAAUUAAAUUUUGCUAAAUCGUCACUUAAGAUACUACAUCCGAUAUCUUACUUUUUGUCAAAUUAAGUUAGUAACAAUAUGUUAUCUAAAUUUUCACGAGAAAUCGUUCGGUGAGCUGAAAACAAACAUAUAAAUAACAACAAAAGUAUAAAAUAAAUGUAUAAAAAUAAAAUCUUCUGGAAAGUUGAUAAAAGUGAGAUAUCGAGUGUUGCAUCUUAAGCGACGAAAUAUUUAAUAUAAUUAUAAGUACAGUGUUUUCAAAUAAACCGAAUUUUCUUAUGCACCAAUAAAUUCAUAAAAUUCAUUCUGUCUAAGAAUAUAAGAAUAGAAUACUAAUACUAUAUAUUAUGAAACUAUUUUUUUACUUAAUAAAUAAAUAUGUACUUUAAUAGUAGUAUACCUAAUAGAAUAAUAAUUGGUUGUUUUAUUUAGUGUUAUAACAAAUAAAAAUUAUAAUUUGAUUCGGUGUAUUAAAAAUCGAAAACCGAAAUGGGUAGUCCGCAAUUAAUGAUAUAAACUUAUUAAAAAUAACUUAGAUAAUACUUCCAUAAAUAUCGUCUUUUAAAACAUUUUCAAUAUUUUAUUUUAUAUAUAAUUUUUUUUCUAGAUAUUGUAGUAAACAAUUGAUUUUAACAUAAAUUGUGAUAAGAAACUUUUGUCAGUUUAACGACCAAUUAUUGCGAAAUUUAUUAAUAGUCUGAAUAAUUGCCUGAAUUUAUGGACUACAAUGAGAUAAAACAAUUUAAGUUCAAUCUAAUAUUAAAAAAAAAACACAAUAAUAUAUGUGUUAAUUAAAUAGCCUUUGAAAGUGCCAAAGUAGUCCACUUUAUCUAUAAUAGAAUUUAGAUUGUACAAAGCUAGCGUAACUUUUAGUCAUAUAACCUUAUCUGGGACAAUAUUUGACUAUUAUAUUAUAUUAUUAUUAUUUAGUUCAAUGUUGUAUGACUGCAAAAAUGUUUGAAAAUUCAUUAAAAGCAUGCGACAACAUUAUGUAUAAAUAAUUUUAAAAAAGUACUUAGUUUUUUAUUAAACUAUCAUAAUGUAGUAUAUUGGACCAAAAAUUAUUUUAAGAUAUGUAUAAAAUGUAAUAAUCUUAAAAUAAUAUAAAUAUUUGAAUUAUAUAAGUUUUCUACUGAAUAUAGUAAAUUUUAAUUAUAUUCAAAAAUUACAAGCGGUUACUGGACCACAAUAUACUUAAACUCUAUUAUAUACAUAAUAGAGAUUAAUUGAAUAAUUGUAUUUAUUUUAUAAAAUUAUAUAAGACUUGGAUGUAGUUUUUAGUUCUUAGAUGUAAAACUAUACUUAAUUUAUAUUUUGUAGCAAUUUAUAACUUUAUAAAAAAUUUAAUAAUGUACAUAAAAAAUUUAGAUCAUUCAUUUAUAAUUAAUUAAUUAUAAGAUGCAUAAAAUAAAUUUGUUAUAUUUAGUUAGGUAAAAAUUAAAUAUAUCCUAACUCGCUCUUUUCUCUCUUUUUCUCUAUUUCACUAU